CCGACCCCACCGGGCGCCGCGGAUCACGACCUCACCUCAACGGUCGCCGCAGCCGCCGCGACUGAAUAGUGGCAACGACUGAGCAAAGCGAGAGUUCAAACGUCGGUGAGGUUUAUAUUGAACCCCCAUAUUAUGCAUGUCUGCUUUUAACGUUUUGCUUAUAAUACACCUUUGAUGGUAUAAAUGGCAUAAAGCUGAGAAAUACAGCGCAAAAUCCGCACCGACCACCAAUCCCCGCACAUACCCUACAAGGGACAAUCUACAUUUAUACCAAGCCAAUUAACCUACAAUUUAUAAUCUACCAAGUAGAUUGCUGUUGCUGCUGCAUCCUGCUGAAUGAACAUGACUCUGAAUGUCCUGACCGAGUCUUCUUCUGACCCAUGAACAUGACCUAAUCCUCUCCAGUGAAAUGAGUAGAGUUUCUGAACUGUGCCAGAUUUAACCUUCCAUUGGCCCAGAAUGUGAACUGCUGAAAACAUCAAGAUGGUGCGUUGCCACUGAUAAAUCCAACAUCAGGAGGGAGGGCAGGCAGUAUAACUAGCAAUAAUCUGUUAGGAAGUCUGUGACUUCCAUGUGGGCAUGUGUUGCACAGAGUUUGGUUAGCAAGCUCAGAACAAUGUGUAAUUUUCAGAGUGUUGAUACACUUUGGUUGGAAAAGGAAUGGAUGAUUCAAGAUUCUGCUGUAGCAUAUUGUGUUUGUCUAUAAGUGGCUGUUUAUUUAUUUUUAUAGUUAAAUAAAUUUAAAUUUCUGUAAAUGUAAGGGAGUCGCCAAAAUGUCUGCAAGCCAAUUGAAAUCACCUAAGACCAGCUUGCCACUUUGUUCUGCCAAUGGCAUUGUGGAAAAUCAUUGGAAGUCUCGGAUCGAGGGUGAUUCCUGCAACAAUGGCAAAAAGAAAUUAAGGCUGAAGGGCAGAGAGCUGCAAUCAGUUCCCCGGGAGAUAUUUGACCUGAGCGAGCUUCAGGUGCUGGAGAUGAGCCCACAAUGGGAAAGCUGUUUGAAUUACAAGAUGGGCAGUGUCCCUCGUGAAAUUGGUCAGCUGCGCGCCCUCACCGUGCUGAAUUUAGACACCAACGACCUGCGAGAGAUUCCACCUGACAUUGGAUCCCUGGAAAAUCUGGAAAUUCUGACCCUCAGUAACAACCAACUGAGCUUCCUGCCCGCAGAGAUGGAGAAGCUGCAGAAAUUGCAGAGCCUGCACUUGGCCAACAAUAAUUUUCUGGAACUCCCUGUACAGGUGUGCCAGCUCUGCCGCUUGACAUUUCUGGAUGCCUGUGACAACAAGAUUAAGUUCAUCCCCCACAGCAUUUGCAAUCUAAAGUAUUUAGAGACCUUUCUUCUAUACUUUAAUGCAUUGCAGAGUUUGCCUGACUCCAUCUGUAAACUUACAUGCCUGCGCACCCUCUGGCUGGGAAAUAAUAAUCUAAGGAACCUGCCCGUCAAAUUUGGACAUUUAGUUAACCUCGACUGGGGCCGCAGCUACUCUUCUUCAAACUUUGAGGGCAAUCCGCUGGAAUCUCCCCCUGCUAAGAUAUGCAGGGGUGGUCCUGAGGAGAUCAGCCGUUAUUUUGCUAUGUGGCAAAUGAGACAAAAUGACCAGGUCAAUAAUUUGUAAUUGUAAAUUCAUAAUUAACACAAUGCAUUGAUACCUAACCACUAUGAACAUUUUUUUUUAAAUAUUAAUUUUAUACAAUUCUCUGAAUGACAAAAUGGAUUACCUACCUCCACCGAACUGAUAACAUCCUAUGGUUGUUGUCAACUUGGGAUAGAAACUUUUUUUUGUGAACAGAAGUGAUGUAUAAGAAAUUUGGAAAAGUGGCCAUACGAUAAUUCAAAACUAAAGAUUGUGCUGUGCCACAUUUAGUGUUGCAGUGGUAUUAAUUAACUCUGAAAUAGUACAAUUUCUGUGAUGCUGAUCGUUUAGUAGGAGAAGUUAAUUUUUUUUCUGGCACAUUUGAUGCAGUCAGCUAUCUGAAGAGGGUAGAAUAAAAUUUGGCAUAGCUGUGGGCUGCCAAACGAUUCCUUGGAAAUGUCAUGGCUAGAGAUUCUAUUCCUUCCAAGAGUGUCACUCAGCCAAGGCACCUUAUCAUUCAACAGUUCAGGCAGGGCAAAAACAUUGAUGCUGCUUGGAUUGCCAUUUGUGGAGGCUGGUCAGAGGCUGGGAGAUUCAGACCUCGAUCGGAGCUCAGCAACACUAAGAUACAUGCUGGAUUGGCACUUGAGGUGAUCGUCAUUCCAUUAAGACUCUCAUAUUCCAACCCUAAAAAUAAGUACAUGCAUUUGCUCCUGAAAUUUUCAGUCAGUGGUUGGAAUUACCAUUCCAUCAAACCUAUGCCAGUAUGUCUUUGGUUCAUGGCUGAUCUAACCACAUUUACCAUUUUUUAAUAUUGUUAAAACAAAAUGUACGUUAUCCACCUUGAUCAAUAAAUUGUUUUGUUUUAAUGUUAGAGCUUUGUUAAACAUCAGUUAGACCUCAGCUCAAAUGUAGUGUAUAAAUCUAGGAAGCACAGUUAUAAUACUCCUUGAAGGACUUUAGUAACUGGCAGUAAUGGGAGAAGACAAAAUUGUACUCGUUAGAAGGGAUAGAGGAAGAAUAGAAGGGAUUAAGGACAAAUUUUAAUAAAUCCUCAGAAUUUUCUAAUUUUGUAGAGCAAAUAAGGAGAAUGUUUAUUGCAGUAGGAGGGUUUAUAAUAUAAUAAGAUAUGAAAUUAAUGUAAUCGGAGAAACUAAAGUGAAAUGAGAUUAUAUUCUGCAUGCUGCAUUUGAUGAAAACAAAUUUAAUAGUAACUUUCAAAAUGAACUUGUAAAUGUUGUUGAAAAACAAACAGUUGUUGAGAAAGAACGAGGUGUUGGUCAAAUAGAGUGGUCUUUUCAUGAAGUUAGGAUUGCCACGAUAGGCUACAUAAUUUCUCUUCAUGGUGUAUUUGCAUCAAAUGCCACUUCUUCUUAAAUAGAACAAGGUCAUGCGUGACCUCGAUUCUGUCCAUAACCACUUAGAUGUCAUUAUCUGGCAUUCCACUUUGUUGACUAACUCGGUGGAACUUUUGUUGCCUAUGAAUUUCAUGUCAAAAGGCAAAAAAUGGAAGAAGAAUUAGCCAAGGAAUACCAAAUUCUUCAGAAAUUAUAAAUUGGGACAAAUAUAUGAAUUGAACAUGAAUGAAAUAAUAAAUAAUUGGAAAAAUAAAUAUAAAUACAAUGACCAGAGAGAGGUACCAGAUUUUGUUUUGCAUGGACACUAGGAUGCUGUCUGCCUCAUCUUUGACUAAGAAUUUUUUUAGUCAUGAAAACUUCUAUAGCCAAUAAAAUAUUAUAUUAUUGCAUUGUU